AAUCGGCCCGUGGACUACGACUACGGUGCACGCUGCACAGCAAAGUGCACUUAUACAUUCAGGUAUUAUCCUGUGUAUUUAACUGCAUUGUGCAUAAGAAUGAUUUUGUUUCUUGUUGACAUUAGGCAUUUGGCAUAUUCCCUAACUAUUUGACUAUUACUAUAUUAUAUUAAUUAUUAACAAUUAUAUUAACAAUCAUUUCCCAUUGUUUUGCAGUCUUAUUUGUUAUUAACUCAUGAUUGAUAAUGAUAUCUGAUAAUAAUUUGCAUUGUUUUGCCAAGGCCAAAGCCAAGAUGAUAAUUGAAAUGAUGGUUAUUUAAGAGAGAGCGGCCCACAUCUAUUUCCAUGGCCGCCAAUAAUUCAUGUUUGCUAAAACGAAGUGUCUACAGUCUCCGGACGUGUAGUGCGCAAGAUAUACGUCCGGCGGCUUGUCACGUGACCGCCGGACGUGGCCGGACGGCUAGUAGUUUUUAUAAUUCCAAACCAAGUAUGAAUUAGUACAUCUUGUGUGGUCUUGUGGUAGAGUGGUUGCUUGACGAUAGGAAGGUUUGAGGAUCUAUAUCGGGAAUAGGGUUGUUUUUUUUUCUUCCCAUUUUAAUUAAAAAUAUUUUGUAUAUAUUUAUUUUAUCAUUUUCCUCAGCAAUGGUAGUUUCAUGAGAAUUUUUAAAAUAUUUUGUAGCAAUUGAAACAAUUUAAAAUGAAAUCUUUUACUUUUAUUGGUUGCCUACUCCACACUGGCCCCUAAUUUAUUUUAUGGAUUACUGGUACACAAAUUCAAAUAACAAACUAAACAAAAAUGUUUACAAGCCACUUUCACUUAAGUUUUUUUUUCUCUAUUAUUUGCAUUCAAGAUACUCAGUACAUUACUUGGUAGAGAAAUAGAUUUUAAAAUUAACAAUAGUUUUGAAUUAUUCGCAGUCACGUGACAAGGCUGACCGACAAGAUAUCUCUCUCCACUUUGUUACGGCAGUCAUGUGACUUGGUCGCCGGACAAAUAGUGCGGGAGAUAGACGUCCGGCGCGCCGGACGUGUAGACACUGCCUUGCUAAAAUUAGGAAGAAAACGUUAAAAAUGUAUGAAUAAAAUGUCAUAAAUCGAUUCCUAUGCCUAACCUGACCCUAAAUCUAUCCCUAACCCUAAAUCUAUCCCUAUGCCUAACCCUAACCCUAAAUCGAUCCCUAUGCCUAACCCUAAAUCUAUCCCUAUGCCUAACCCUAGCUCUAAAUCGAUCCCUAUGACCUAUGCCUUACCCUAACCCUAAAUCGAUCCCUAAGCCUAACCUGAACCCUAAAAAUUAGCCGUAAAUCAACAAGUGAAACCACGUGGAAUUUCACACUUUGGCAAGAAAACUAUAAAAAUUAACAAAAAACAAUAAAAAAGGGCCCCAAAUAAUUAUAAACUAAAGAAAUAAUGAAAAUCCAACUUACAGUUUCAUGAAAUACACUUUUACACACUUUAUUUCAGGUUGCAACGAAAAUAUAGCCACAAAAUGAAUAAAUCUCCACACCCUACAGGCACCCCAAAGAUAUCAAAUAUGGCGGAACAAAAGAAAUAUGAUAAUGAGCCAACCAAUGAAAAUUUUAAAAUUAUAAUUAAUCAACCAAUAACAUUUUAAUUCCGAAAAUGUAACUCUUUUAACAAAUAAUGAGAAAAAAAUAAGGGGAGUGAAUCCAAAACAAAGUCGUCGUGGGCCGCUCAAUCUGAAACAGCGAAAUGGUUAAUUUAUACUAUAAAUUAUAGUGAUUUUAAAGAUUAUGGUCUUAUAUUUAUUUUCUAUUUUAUUUCUUAAUGUUCCAUUUAGAGGCCAAUUUACUAGAGCUAGAUUCAGGGUUGUUUGCUCAUAAUGUUUAUUAUUUAUGAUUAUAAAUUUUUUCGAAGUGGUUGCGUGCACUGCUUCAAAAAUGUACCAUUGGCCUGGUUUUAAGAUAUGCCUGUUAGAUAAGAUCUUGUGUGGUCUUGUAGUAGACGCUAGGCGAUAUUAUAUGUUGUGAUCAAUUCCCAGUAGGGGGUCAAGUUUUUAUAUUUUUUCCAUUUUAAUUAAUUAAAAAUAUUUAAAUUAUUAUGUUCAUUUGCAGCAGUAGUUUCAUGAGAAGGUAUUAAAUAUUUUGUAGCAAUUUAAACAUUUUAAAUAUAAUAUGUUACAGAUUAUCAAGUGUUUCAACAAGUUGUGGCGGCCUUUGACUUUGAAAUAGUGGUAGUAAUAAGACAUUAGAAAAAAACUGAAAGUGCAUGUAUAGUGUAUGUAACAUGGUUAAGAGAACCAUUUUGAAUACUAAGCGAUAUUUUAUUUCAACAUUCUUCAUCUAAUUGUAUAUUUACAUUUUACUUUUAUGAACACACAAAGAAAAUUCCAGUAUAUCAUAUGAAUAUUGAUGUGCCUGGUCAUAUUUCAACCAUCUUGCUUUCACUAUGCAUGGGAAAAAAUUUACAGACGAUAUCCACGGUUCAUUCACAAUCCUCAGUCUCACAACAAAUCUUUUGAAAACACCAUGAUUUUAGAAACUUAGGUGCGGUAGAAAACUGUAUAACAAAGCCAUAGGUCUGCGUUUACCCUGUUCAUGAUGGAAUUUGUUUCCAGAAUGGCAUGGCAUGUGCUAUUCUCAGGGUAAAACACGACGUUGCCUCACAGAAACCAUUGCACAAUGCGCUUGGGACAGGAUUUGUGCUAUUUCAAAGUUUUUGUAGUUGUUGUUUUUUGUUAAGAAAUUGAUCAGUGCCGCGGGUGGGGUGAGUUAAGGGCAGACUCUUAUCCAAAAAGGGAGCCUACACAAAUCACGGCUCUGGAUAGGGGUUGUCCACAAAGGAAAGGUCGUCUGCAUAACAAAUCUACCUUUUGAAUAACCCCCCCCCCCCCAACCGUGGAGGGGGGUUGCUGAUGUCCCCCAACAUUUGUUAAAAGACUUUCAAAAAUCACUGCAGUGUUUCAUAUUUAUCAUACUCCAAUAAAUAUUAAGAAUGGGGGGGGUGAGUUAAGGGGAGACUCUUAUCCAAAAAGGGAGCCUACACAAAUCCCGGCUCUGGAUAGGGGUUGUCCAAAAAGGAAAGGUCGUCUGCAUAACAAAUCUACCUUUUGAAUAACCCCCCCCCCCCCCAACCGUGGAGGGGGGUUGCUGAUGUCCACCAACAUUUGUUAAAAGACUUUCAAAAAUCACUGCAGUGUUUCAUAUUUAUCAUCAUCCAAUAAAUAUUAAGAAAUGCUCUUUACAAGUACUUUGCCACAAAAGUGUGGAACUUACCCAAUAUCUUCCUCCAAAGGUAUUAAAUGAUUUUUAAAUAAAUAGUUUUCAGUUUUAACAACAGUAUAAAAUAAAAUCUACAAGUACCAGUUAAGCCAAAAAGUUAAAAACUCGCAAAGACCAUUGUUUUGCUGCUUUAAAUCACCGUGAUGUAUGCAGUCCACAGCCAAUGAUUUUGCUAGGUACACCGCCAAGUUGUACGUAGUACCGGCCUAAUUUUUUAAAAGAAAAGUUUGAACAUUAGUCAGUAGUCACUAAGUUAGCGCAAUCAGACCUUUUGUGUUAAAUAAGACUACAGUCUAUAGCCAUACUCCAAACUAUGACUAUGGGUAUUUAAUUUUGCCCUAAAAAAAGGCAAAGUAAGUGGUCAUAUCUAUAGUCUAUAUUUAAUAUUUAUUUUAAAGUUAAUUUUUGGCUGAUUUUGUUGUGAUAAUUUUUAUAAAAAGUGUGCCUAAUAGAUGAAAUGCAAUUUAUUUUUCAUUCAAAGUAUAAUGAGAGUUAUAAUUUAUGGCUGACUUAAAAAAUGUGUUAAAUGUAUGUUCGAACAGCUUCAAUUACCAUGGCAGCAAACAGUGGUGACAAUUACUUCAGCAGUUACAAUGACUUAAGUGUGCAUGAACUGAUGCUGAAAGAUCGACCUCGAACAUUAGCCUACAGAAACUUUUUUGAGACGAACCGGGAACUUGUAAAGGAUAAAGUUGUUCUGGAUGUAGGUGCUGGCACUGGAAUUCUGUCACUUUUUGCUGCCUUAGGUAAGUACAUUUAUUUUAAUUUUAUUAUUUUGUCACUUUGUCUUUAUAUUAAUAAGCUUUUCCUGUGGCUUAUUUGUUCUUGUUAAAAGCAAAUAAAUUUAGUUUAAAUAUUCAUAUGUACUUUUGAAUUUUACCAUGAUCAAAUGUUUUUAAUCUAAAUGUUCUUAAAUUAUAUCUAUAAUUAAUAAGUUUUAAAAUGAAACGAGUUAUUUUUAAUGAAAUUCUGAACACUUUAAUGUUUGACUAUUAAAAUUUAAUCAGUAAAACACACACAAUUAAUGUCUUGCAAGGCUUCUUAGUAAUUUCGGACAACUUCUUAGUUCACAUGUCAAUUCUGACAUAAAGUCAGCCAUAUGGCACUAUGCUAACUUUGCAUGCCUAGCUUUAGAUCUGUCAUAGCCUUGUCUUUAGCUUUGGGUGUAUAGCUUAGUGAAAUGGAAUAGUUCGCCCAGUGAAGCAGCUGUCCUUUAGGAGGAGCUAAACUAUAAGUAAAAACUUGAACAAUUAACAUAAUGUUUAGAUGAACUUUAUUUUUUUUUGGGGCUAUCAAUUAUUUGUAUUGAGUGUUUUAUUUUGUGUUUCUGUGCACCAUCAGAUAUUUCCAAGCACUCUCCAUUGAUUGUAUCUAAAAUUAUACAGUUGUAUAGUUUUAGAAAUAUCUCCCAAGUUAGUUAAUUUCGACUCCCUUUUAAAAAAAAAACAUGUUAAAAAACCAGUAAAUUGGGUUGAAGAUUUUGUUAGCUAUUAGCUAUUAUGAUAGAUGUAUUACUUUCUCUUUCUUUUCUUUACUACAUUUCUUCAUGAGAAAAUGUUUUGACACUUUACAUCAAAACUUAGACUUAACUUCUUUCCCAAUGUUUUAAAUUGAAAUAUUUCAGUCUCUUUUCCUAUUAUUACACUUCAAAUUCCGACCAUUAACUCUGACAAGUCAUUGACAUACACAAAAGGGAUUUUGCUCCAUAAUUUUUUUUGUGGGACAUUACUAUUUUAAGAGAUGUUUUGGGCUUCAGUCCAUUCAAUCAUAGCACAUGACUUGUGUACCCAAUACAAAAAUAACUUGAAAUCUCAUGUUUGUGUGAUGUAAUCAGACAGUUUGCCAUGACAUUAGUCGCCAUGUAGAAUUGAUACUAUUAGUUCGAGACUGUUAUUUGUCUAGCCAUAUGCAUAUUUAAUUUACUAGAGUCCUGGCUACUUAUUAUCCCUGCUCUGCCCAUUCCAUGAGUUUCAUAGGAUUAACAAAAGCUAAAGACCCCUUUUUAAUGUUUGCAUGAGCUUAAAUGGGAGGUAAUCAACCUUUGUUGCUUGACUUACAUUUCUUCUCUCUUUAAGAAAUGAAAAAAAAUGCUGUGUGCUGAUUCUAAUGCUUUCAUAUGUCAGUGUAUUGUUUUAUUAUGCUGCCUUGUUGAUCCAUAUAAAGAAGCAUCUCACAAUAAUGGCUACUUGCUUAAAGGCGUUUGGCAAUAGAGAAAGGAAAUGCAUAAACUGAUAGACGCUAUCACCGAAAUGCAUUGCAGUGUAUUGUGAUCCACAUGGUCAGUCUGUUCGCAGUCUUUGUGCGUAUUUCACAAUUUUCCAAACUAAAAUAAAUAUACAAAUAGAUAUUUAAAGGUAAACAUUGUGUAAAUUUCACUUUCCAUCGUUUUUCACUUAACAAUAAGUGUCCGGCCCCAACUGCACCGUUAUUGCAAGUUACUGCUGUAUCUUGAUUCUCUUCUUGGCAAGUUCUGUUGGUUGUUUGUGACACAGAGUCAUCUGAAGUCAGAUUUGGUAAAUCCUUUAUCAAGAGUUCAGCCAAUGGCCAAGAUUCAAUACUGAUGUCCGUGUGUAGUGUGUAAUAUGAUUUUUUAAACUAAGAUAAGUGUUGGUUGCUUGUAAGUGUGUUGAUGGGAGAUGACUGGAUGAGUUGGUUGGUAUGUCAGCAUUUCAACUCAGUUUUGACUUCAUUUACAGUUGUUUAUUGGGGCUUUAUGGUUUGAUUGGUUUUUCAUUUCCAUCCACAUUUUUCCUGUAAUAUAAUAUGACUUCGGUUAAGCUUUAUAAAAAAAAAACAAUUCAGUAAUUUGUUUAAAUUAACUCACACUGAACAUACAAAUUAUUGAUGUAACCUUUUCAAGGGCAUCUCAAUAUGUUCUUUUGAUUUGCAUUUUUAAAUAAUUUUUUUUCUUGAAAUUAAUUAAAGAUGCAUUUUAAAGAUUUUAUUCAUAUACUGGAUUUGUGAUAUUUGGUUAUAGCGUGACUCGUCAAAGUAUAUUUGCACUUAAGACAUUUAACAUAUCAAUUGGGGACAAUCUUUUAUAAAAUAAACAACCCUCUUAAAAAUUGUUUGAAUGCAUGGAUUACUUUGCUCAUAAAAGGGAUAUGACUUGCAGCAGUGUAGUUUAUGCGUUCCCAAACAAUUUGCUUCCUCACAAGAGCACUGCAAAGCUAAAAACUGGGAUGCAGCAAGAGCGCCUUGACUUGAAAAAGUUUGGGAACCUCUGGUAUAUUUUUCUGAUAUUAUUUGUGUGCCGUAAACCCUUAUCUCCAGUAUUCAUAGUUAAUGUUCUUCUUGUAAAAAAAUAUAGAAAAAGAAUGUGACAGAUUUUUCCCUGCAGACAUGAUAACAGCCAAAACCCUUAUUUUCCAGCUGGCGCCAAAAAGGUAUAUGCGGUGGAGGCUAGCGGCAUGGCCAGUUUGUGUCGGGAGAUAGUUGAAGAAAACCACCUGGAGAACAUCAUCGAGGUCAUCCAUGGGGCCGUGGAGGACGUAUCUCUGACAGGUCACACUAAGGUAGAUGUCAUAGUCUCCGAGUGGAUGGGAUUUUACCUGCUCCACGAGUCCAUGCUGGACUCUGUCAUUGUGGCCAGGGACAGAUUUUUGGCACCAAAUGGAAUAUUGGCUCCAUCACAUGCCACCUUGUACAUGGCUCCUGUCGACAUGUCAGACCAUUUCCGUGAGAGGGCCGAGGAGUGGAGCAACAUUUACGGGUUUGAUUUCUCCCCCUUUGCUUCACAACUAAACAUGGACGAAGUUUCAAAGCCUUUGAUUCAGUGCAUCAGCCCCAGCACCCUGCGUGCCGACCCUCAGGAAGUUCUUACAUUAAACAUGAAAACUGUUACGCUGGCGGAUGUCAGAAAGUUUAGCACGACCUUGACAUUUCCAAUAAAGUGCGACUCAAAAAUUUUCGCUUUUGCCGCCUGGUUUAACAUUAGCUUUUGUGUUGAUGGCAUCGCUGACACUUUGGUUUCCUCGCCGAAGGAUGGAGCCCCACAGAAACGGCCACGUGACUUGGUUAAUGAAAUGGGGGACGCCAGUUGUCUUAACGCUUCAAGUUGCGGUAAGCACACAUCCAAGGGAAGCAAUACCAACUCACCGGACAGUGCCACCGCAUCAUCACUCUGCCAGGCCCACCCAAACCAGAAACAUCCGUCACCCGACAAGGACUCUAAUGUAACCUUGAAGACUGGCCCACUUGACCCACCAACCCACUGGAAGCAGACGGUCAUCUUCCUGCCCCAGACCAUCCUGGUGGAGAGCGGUGUCAGCCUGUGCAGCUGGGUGAAGAUGGCCCAGGACCCUGAGAACAGACGUCACUACAACAUCACACUCCAGCUGGUGGAGGACGACAGCGGGGAGUGCCUCGACUCGGACGACGGCACCGACCCGGGCUCUGACACCGCCAGCGAUGAGGGCAACGAGGGCGACCACCCGGUCCCUUGUUCGUGUGGAUCUGACCGUUGUAAACUGAUGGCCGCCCUGGUCAGCCGGAUGGACCGAGAACACCAGGAUCUCGGGGACGAGGCUGAGACCGUUGAGUUGGAGGCUCAGGUGAAUAACAAAUAG